AUGAGUGUAUUCACCUUAGAUGAAGAAGAAGAAACACUACAUAAUGAUUUUCAAGAUAGAUUUUCAAUAAGUGAACCAUUAGAUAUUCCACAUAGAAGACGCAAAAGUUCAACUGCGUCAAAUAGAAAUACUCCGAGUCAUAGAUUAGGUACAUCUGUGGAGAUUGGACUGGAAAAAUCUUAUAUUAGUUCUUAUGCUUCAGAAUCUGAAAUCCCAAUUAAUGAUAACUUAUCAAAAUCACCAGUGAAAGUCACAGUCACUUCAGAUGUUAAAUCUGGGAAACCAAAACCUUCAGAUUUUGAAUAUAUUAAAGUUUUAGGUGUUGGUUCAUAUGGUAAAGUUUUAUUAGUACGUGAAAAAAAAACUGGUAAAUUAUUUGCUCAAAAACAAUUGAAAAAAGCAUCUAUAAUUAUUCAAUCUAAAACCGUGGAGAGAACUAUUAAUGAAAAAAGUAUUCUUGAAAAUAUUGAUCAUGGAUCUAUAGUUAAAUUAUUUUAUUCAUUUCAAGAUAAUGAUAAAUUAUAUUUAAUAUUGGAAUAUUUAGAUGGUGGUGAACUUUUCCAACAUUUACAACAAGAAAAGUUCUUAAGUGAAACAAAUGCAGCAGUUUAUUUAGCACAAAUGGUUCUUGGAUUGGAACAUUUACACAAGAUUGGUAUAGUUUAUAGAGAUUUAAAACCUGAAAAUUGUCUACUAGAUUCAGAUGGAUAUCUUGUGUUAACAGACUUUGGGUUGAGUAAAGUUGGACUGAAUGAUGAUGAAUUAUGCACUUCAUUAAUUGGAACACCAGAAUAUAUGGCACCAGAAAUUUUACAAGAUAUACCAUAUGAUUAUGCAGUUGAUUUUUGGUCAUUAGGUUGUGUGAUGUUUGAUAUGCUUACAGGGUCACCACCAUUCACUGGUAAUAAUAACAAGAGAAUCAUGGAUAAGAUAUUGGCUAAUAAAUUUAAAGUUCCAUUUUAUUUAUCUGCAGAUGCUAAAGAUUUAUUAUUACGUCUUUUAAAGAAAAAUCCAGAUAAAAGACUGACAGAUUUUGAAACUGUUAAAAAGCAUAGAUUCUUUAGAAAGAUUAAUUGGAGCGAUAUAGAGAAUAGAUCAUUUAUACCACCAAUUGUUCCAAUAAUUACAGAUCCUAUAUUGGCUGAAAAUUUUGAUAAUGAAUUUACAGAAAUGAGUAUUACCCCUGUGGGAUCACCAAUGAAUGGCAUGAUUAUCAAACAAUCUAAUGGAACAAUAGAUAACGAUCCUUUCAAAGGCUUCUCUUACACAGACAAGGGUUAUUCUCAUAUUUAUACAUAA